AUGGUAAGCUUAAUACCUUUACCCUUUGGAAGAGACACCCAUGGCUUUGUUCCUUUCCCAAGCGUGAACACAUUCCCUAACCUCGAGACCGUGUUUACCUCACUCUCUUCCGCCCUAGUUCGUUUCUCUCCCAAGGCCAAGACCGUCUCUGCUGCCAACGACGAGCUCGCCAAGUGGUAUGGUCCUGACAGGAGAAUCUUCUUGCCGGAUGGUCUUUUGGACAGAUCAGAAAUCCCAGAGUACUUGAACGGUGAAGUUGCUGGAGACUAUGGUUAUGACCCAUUUGGACUUGGCAAGAAGCCUGAGAACUUCGCCAAAUACCAAGCCUUUGAACUUAUCCACGCGAGAUGGGCUAUGUUGGGAGCAGCUGGUUGCAUCAUCCCUGAAGCCUUAAACAAAUAUGGCGCUAACUGUGGCCCUGAAGCUGUCUGGUUUAAGACUGGUGCUCUGCUUCUUGAUGGAAACACAUUGAGCUACUUUGGCAAGAACAUCCCAAUCAACCUUGUUCUCGCUGUAGUUGCUGAGGUUGUUCUCCUUGGUGGAGCUGAGUACUACCGAAUCACCAACGGCUUGGACUUCGAAGACAAGCUUCACCCAGGAGGCCCAUUUGACCCUUUGGGACUUGCUAAAGACCCUGAACAAGGAGCUCUUCUCAAGGUUAAAGAGAUCAAGAACGGGAGAUUGGCCAUGUUUUCCAUGUUCGCUUUCUUCAUCCAAGCUUAUGUUACCGGAGAAGGUCCUGUUGAGAACCUUUCAAAGCAUCUAAGUGAUCCUUUCGGAAACAAUUUGCUUACCGUCAUCGCUGGUACUGCUGAGAGAGCUCCCACUCUCUAAGACAUUUCCAUUUUAAGGAGCUUCGAAGAUGCUUUGUACACUUUGUUUGAUGAAAUUU